AUGGAGAGCGCAGCGGCCCCCGAGGCCCGGGGCGCCGAGGCCCCGCGCCCGCCCGCGCCCCCGCCGUCGCCCGCCGAGCCCCCAGCCGCGCCCCGCGCCCGCCCGCGCCUGGUUUUCCGCACGCAGCUGGCGCACGGCAGCCCCACGGGCAGGAUCGAGGGCUUCACCAACGUCCGCGAGCUCUACGCCAAGAUCGCCGAGGCCUUCGGGAUCGCGCCCACCGAGAUCCUAUUCUGCACCCUAAACAGCCACAAAGUAGACAUGCAGAAACUCCUGGGCGGCCAGAUAGGGCUGGAGGACUUCAUCUUUGCCCACGUGCGCGGCGAGACCAAGGAAGUGGAGGUCACUAAGACCGAAGACGCCCUGGGGUUGACCAUCACGGACAAUGGGGCCGGCUACGCCUUCAUUAAGAGGAUCAAGGAGGGCAGCAUCAUCAACCGGAUCCAGGCCGUGUGCGUGGGCGACAGCAUCGAGGCCAUCAACGACCACUCCAUCGUCGGCUGCCGCCACUACGAGGUGGCCAAGAUGCUCCGCGAGCUGCCCAAGUCACAGCCCUUCACCCUGCGCCUGGUGCAGCCCAAGAGAGCCUUCGAUAUGAUUGGCCAGCGGAGCAGAAGCAGCAAAUGCCCCGCGGACGCAAAAGUGACCAGCGGGAGGGAGACCCUGCGACUGCGUUCCGGGGGGGCCGCCACAGUGGAGGAAGUGCCCACCGAGUUUGAGGAGGAGGCGUCCCGGAGGGUCGACGACCUGCUGGAGAGCUACAUGGGCAUUCGGGACCCUGAGCUGGCGUCCACCAUGGUGGACACAGCCAAGAAGACGCCGAGCGUCCAGGAGUUUGCGCACCGUUUAGAUUCCGUCUUGGGCGAGUUUGCCUUCCCGGACGAGUUUGUGGUGGAGGUGUGGGCCGCCAUCGGCGAGGCCAGGGAGGCCUGCGGCUAGUCUGCC